UUUUUCCUUGGGAAGAUGGCGACCGUCACUACAGCCACCUCAGAGUGGAUCCAGUUCUUCAAAGAUGCUGGGAUCCCCCCUGGACUGGCUGUCAAUUAUGCUGUGUCAUUUGUUGAUAACAGGAUCCAGAAGAACAUGCUCAUGGAUCUCAGUAAGGAAAUAAUGAUGGACUUGGGUAUCACAGUCAUCGGGGACAUCAUAUCUAUUCUCAAACAUGCCAAGCAUGUGUAUAGACAGGAUAUGUGUAAAAUGACAAGUGAGGCUAUUUCUUCUGGGCAGACUAGUGUACAGGCUGAACUGAGACGUACUGCUAACACUCCUGCCACACGCAUGAUUGCUAACGCAUUGAGCCGGGACUCCCCACCAAGCACACCCGCUCGGCGGCCUGACAACCGAAUAUCAGUGACGGUCUCCAACUCGAGUGCCAAAACAGUGCCCAACCAACCAGCAAAAGAAAAUGGGUUACAAGUAAAGCGCCGGAGGGUAACUAAAGAAAUUGAGGGGAAAUACAUCAUAAACAUGCCAAAAGGCACAACAGAUCGCACCCGACGCAUCCUUGAACAGCAGGCCAAGAAAGCCAAGGUUCUAAAGCGUACCUCAGUGUUUGAUAGACUUGGGGCAGAGUCUAAGGCAGACACCAUUACAGAUAAUAAGCAGCCCACAGGUGUGUUUAGCCGACUUGGAGAAGCAGAUGAGGAGGUUGGGGGAAAAACUGGAGGUCUUGCUGAUAGUUUUGAUGAUGAUGAAAGUGAUGGUGAGGGGUCAGUGCUGCAGUAUGCAGGUGUCCUGAAACGACCCCCUCCUUCCUCCAAAAAAGAGACUAUAUCCAACAAAUCUAAACCCCUCACACUACGUCGACUAGGAACGAAGUACAAACACCCCCCAUCUGAAAGUACACCACCUAUCUCUUCUUCAACCUCCUCCAAACAGGAGGGAACACCCAAACUGGGUGUAUUGCAGAGACUGGGCAUGGCUCCCUCAGUCAACCCUACCUCUUUAGUCAGUCAGUCUGCAGAUACUCAGGACAGUCGAGUUACAAGUAGCAGAAGCAAGGCCCAGGGCAGCUUUGCUCUGGCCAGCUCUAAGGUCAGCAGUAGUACAGGUGACUGUCAUGGGGCUCAGAUGGACGUUGGGGAAGUCAGUGUAUUUAAGAGACUGGGUGCCAGAAAACACUAAUGCAAAGAACUCCUGAAAAGGGCACCCAUUUUUAGCCCACUUUCCCCUUUUUAAAUCCUAUUUACCCACCUGAGCUUCACAUAUGGCCCCGAAUUUCUACAUGAGAAUGUAGAGUGGAGAAGCUCUAUGACGUCUCUGUUCUUUAUAAAGUGCUGUACCUCAUGCAUGGUUAUGAUUCUGGUGCUAGAUGGAAAAAAGGGACAGCUGCAAUAUCAGGUAUUUUGGUGUGGAAUGAAACCCUGAAAGCUGCAUACCUGUUGUCCUCAUAUCUGGUUAUAAGAAUCAGUCUCUAUCCAUCAUUCCGACUUUUAUAGCUACUCUCCAGAGUGAAAUUAUUUUGUCCUUUUUUCUGAAAUUAUAUUGCAUGCCACCAAGCGUUGGAUGCCUGACAUGUUGAUUUUCAUUAUAGAAGCCAAGAGACCUAAUUGAAAGCAUGUUCUGUGUUCAACACAAACACUUACGGUUUAAAGAUUCUUCCAUAAAUAUGGUCUAGUAUGCUCUUCUUUAACCUUCAUUUGCCUCCCUGAUUUUAUAUGAUAUUUAUAAUCAAGUCAAAGCCUUUACAUUGCUUAAAACUGCACAUAAGCAUUACAAUUAAUGCGCCUUAUGACCUCAACUGUUGAAGACACGAAUCAGCAGCAUAUUAAAUAGCCCCUGAUAUCAAAUUUCCUAAUUGGAAAUGCCAUCUAGUGGAGCAUUGCAAUUUUAAGUGUUAGUAGUUAAGCAGAGCUUAAAUAAUAUUGGGAGUUACAUGAUGUUGCCAAGCUGCACACGUGGAGUUGGACCCUUGUGUAUUGUGUAAGUUUUUACCCCUUUAUACCAUGCUCAAUACAGCAACCAAUUGUCAUCCUAUUGUAAUGGGAAUUCACCUGUAUUUUUUAUGUCAUCGCUCACCUGUUGUUAUAUAUAUUAUUUUGAAACAUCUCAGAAGCAGAACUUUGUUGCAUUGUACAGAUUGAAGAAUAAUACCAGAGAGAAACAUCUUUUUGUCUUGGGAAUGGAUUGAAUAUAAAAGUUAAAACCCAAAAGUCUUGCUUUACUUUUUUUUUUGUUAAACACUGGUUGUUCUAGCUUAUUCUUAUGACAUUCCAUGAGUUUAUUUCAGAAGGGUUUUUGUAACAAAUGUCAUUAUAACCCCAAAUAAAUUUACAAAAAGAUGCAUUGCACAAAUGAAAGACAUGUAUAGCCACAGUUAGCACUACAUACUGUACAUUUGAAUAUUUAGGCUGUAAGAAAGUUUGAGUAG